AUGUGGAGGUACAUGGAGGAGAGCGAGAAGUGGAGGAUCAGGGCUGACAAGGAUCGGAAAGGUCUCAACCUGGGAGAGAUCCAUCGGACCUGGGAUGAGGGAUUCACAACUUUUGUGAACGUCGGCAAAGGAGAUCAGGUUUCCUGGUUCAUUUUUACCAAAACGGACCGGAAGUUUCAGUAUCCGAACGGGCCCAAGUUCACGAGAGGAACUUGGCUUGCGGGUCGAGACAUUUAUGGAUAUACGCAUGUGGGCGCUGGUAUCAAGAUUUGGUCGGUCUAUGAGAAUGUCACGACUUCGUAUGUUCCAUUAAGGAAGGAACUUGCAAGUCAUGGGCUUGGGCUAAUUUCCGUGUUUGGGGGACUCCGUUCACAAGGCGCCAGUCUCGCCAUCGAAGACGCUGCAUCGCUCGCGAACCAUAUUGUCCGCAUGGUCAACAGCACGAGUGGCGUGCUAUCCUUGGGCGAUACCACCGCAGCCCUCGCCAAAUGGGGAACGGGUCUAAGACCAAGAGCGAAGCCAUCUGCGACGCAGGGGCAACAUUUACGAGGUUAG